CGUGGAACAGCAAAAGCGGAAUUCAAGGCAUUCAGUGGACAGUAAAUAGAAGACAUACAGUUCAACAGAGAUUCGCUAUGUUUGGCUGGAGAGAUAUUGAAUAUGUUCGCAAUCUAUUACAAUUACCUGAGUCAUUAUAUAUACUUACAAAAUAACUUCAUUUUCGGUUUGAGUCCUCGAAUCGGCAAGUGGCUGUUUGUCCAAAGAUUAAACCAUGACCCGAUAUGCACUGGUUUGCCUCCUACUUGCUACUUUUAAUGAAGCCACCUGCGUGAGGUCCAGGAUGAGCACGCCUCCUGAGACGUCUCAGCGUAUGACGUGUGUAAUACGAAACACUGACUUCACAUGUACCUGGGAGCCCUUGGGAAACUCAAAGAACAUGCAAUAUUUAGUCACACUGACCAGCCAUAACAGCGUUACUCACAAGAUAGUCACGAAUCAGUCAAAAACAACUAAGGACAACUUCUACCGCUUUGAGGUCCCGGGGAUGGAGGAUCUCGUCAACGUAUCAGUGAGAGCACUAUACCCAUCUGCUAAUGAAACAUGGCAAAUCCAAAACAAUUAUGACGGCCUGCAUGCUAUGGUGCAAUAUAACUCGCCACAUCACGUGCGGGCCGAAACUUACCCGUGGGGUCUCCGAGUUCACUGGAGAUAUAAGAUAUAUCAAACCUGCGCAAAAUGUGAAGUGCAGUACCAUCAAGGCACCCUCUGCAGAAAGAAAGAGUGGACUUCCACAGCAUAUCAGGAAAGCGGCAGUAUGGACAUUACUGAUGUGAAGCCGUGCUCUAGCUACAGCAUAUCAGUGCGCUGUGCUAAUGGAGCGCCAAUAUCCCCAUGGAGCGAAUGGAGUUCGAGUGUUACAGCCUUCUUUCCACUCAGUGUAGGCUCCAUUGCCCUGCGUCUCUGGAGGAGGGUGUUGCGGCCGGAUGAGAAGGGCAGGAGGGAGGUCCACCUCAUGUGGAAGGGCCCUGCUGUGAGCUGCCGUGCCGUUGAUGAGUACAGUCUUUUCGUUGACUCUAAAUUUAGACAGCGUUUAGAGCCUUCCCAGAAUCAGACCUCUGUUUUGCUCACCGCUGCGGCCCAUGAAGUGACAAUUGUAGCUUAUAAAAAUGAAAACAUGCUGCUGAAUGAGUCAGCGCUGAUUCAUCACGUGGCUGACGGGACAGGUUGUCCUCCGGUCGAGUCGGCCCAGGCGACCGGCGUUGAUGGGCGAGUCUUGGUGUGGUGGUCUGCCCCUCUCUGUCCCGUCGCCAGCUACAUGGUCGUGUGGCACACGGAGGAAAACGUUUACGCGUGGAUGCAGACUCAGGAGACAAACAUCUCUUUUCUUGGUAGGCCACGUGCACUUUACACUGUCACUGUUACUCCACUUAACGGCACCGUCCCAGGAAACGACAGAAUCCUCCAUGUUUAUGCAGAGGAGGGGGAGCCUGCAAAGGUCACUCAAGUAGAGGUGACUAAUGUAGAUGAUACAUCGGCGAGGGUAGAGUGGGAUGCUGUGCGUCUAGACCAGUGCUGUGGCUUCGUACUCAACUACACCGUGUUCUAUGUGGCCGGACAGCAGCCAGAGUUUAAUGUAACCGUGCCGAUCAGAAAAGGCCAGCCUGGUGAGAGAUACGCUGUCCAACUGGUCGGCCUCCAGCCCAGCACGUCAUACAGUGUGCACGUGAUGACAUCCUCCAUCUCUGGAUCCAGUACAAGCAUUGCCAAUUCCUUCAAAACAAAUCAAUUUGGGCGUGGCUUUAUCAUGGUGCUGGUACUGACUGCAAUUGGAGCUUUGUUGCUGCUGACCAUCGUAUUGUCUGUCUUCAUGCUACUGAGGAAGAUCAGCGUUCAGAAGAUGCCAAACCCCGGACUGAGCUCCGUGGGGAAGUGGGCCCAAGAGAAGUCCAAAACGUCUUUUAUUCUCUGGGGAAUCAGUGAUCCUGGAGAUCAGACCAUGGUGUCCAUCGUGGAGAUCUCACCUGGCCCUUUUGACUCCGGAGAAACACACCUGUCCGACCUCCCGGCGUGCACUGACUGGACAGGUGACUACGAGAGGGCCACACCCACUUUCAGCAGCAGGGCAACCAACUCAUGGAAUCCUACCGCCACUCCCACCAAUGGAGACCAGACCCAUGAUGAACUCAGGGACGAGUCUGUGUCAGUGUUAGGAAGCCUUUCCAGUGAGCCCUGUCUGGAACAGGAUCCAGCUUAUAUCUCUGUGGAGACGGGCCAGAUGUUGGCCUGUACUGCAGGGAGCCACGGUUCCUCAUUUAAGAACAAAACUGCGGAACUGGAACCUGGGGAGCAAAGCGCUUUGAUCUCUGUUCUGAGCUACAUCUCAGUGGACCAGUGCAGACCCAGUAGGAUGGACUUGUGAAAAACAAAUACUAUUAAAUAAAUAUUAUAUAUAUA